CAUUAAUUCUGCUUCCAACUGUUUUCAAUUUACAGAGUUUAAUUGACGAACGAAAAGCAGAAGGUGCGUAUCUACAAGAGCCACAAAAUUACAUUGAUUGCUUCCUGAAAAAAAUUGACAAGUCAAAAAAUGAACCAAAAUCUGUCUACACGAAUACGAAUUUUAAAAAGUACUUUUUUAAAAAGUGUUCAGAAAUAGAGUGAGCUUGAGUAUUUUUAACCUCGUUUAGACGAAAAUUUACAAAUGAUGAUUGAAGACUUCCUGCAAACUGGGUCAACUACGUCGGUAGGGACGCUAAAUUACGGCGUGCUUUUCCGCACCCUGAAUCCACGUGUUCAAGAAAGAUGUCAAGCUGAGAUUGAUGCCGUGGUUGCGAGACAUUUAGUCACUACGUUGGACGAUAUUGAAAAGUUGGUCAACGAAUUUUUACAUUUUAUAAAGACCCAUGCAAAUUCAUACGUCAUAAUUUAUGUAAAUAUGUAAAUACAAAAUUUUUCUGUUACGUUAACAUUACUUGAUUACACAGUGCACAAUUUCAAAUUUUUAGUGAUGAUACAUUUUUUACUGAAUUUUUUGGAAUGCCAUACUUUCAAGCUACCAUUUUGGAAACGCAUCGACUAGGAAAUAUAGUUCCUAUCCCGAUUCCAAGAGUUUCUCCGGCAAAUUGGACUCUUCGAGGGUAUACGAUUCCAAAGGACACACUCAUAAUUUCGAACCACUAUUCGGUCCAUAUGGACGAAGAAUAUUGGGGUGACCCGAAAACCUUCCGACCAGAACGGUUCAUUAACGACAAGGACGAAUUCAUUCGGGAUAAACGCGUAGGUCAAUUUGGGUUUGGAAAACGAUACUGCAUCGGAGCAACGCUGACCAAUUCCGUGAUUCCGAUUUAUAUUUCCACGCUGCUGCAAAAUUUCAAUUUUUCCGCCCUUUCUGACUCCAAGCCACCCACGAUGGAACCCGAGCUGGGCGUUAUUCUAUUGCCAAAAGAGUUUUCCGUUCGUGUAACGCCCAGACCUUAGCGAACAAAACAUAUUUACAUUGUAUACUUAUUAAAUCACGUGGGAUUUGUGACGAAACAUAAAUUGUACCAGAAUUUAAAUGUUAACGUGACAUAAUAAUUUGAUUAAGAAAAUGGCCGUAGCUGCAAUAUUUAUUUUGGAUGUAAACAUAUAGCUAAAUUUCUUCAAACUUGUUU